AUGGAUAUACCUUUAACCAAUCUAACCAAAGGACACAGAGAUGGGUUUGAGACUGUUGGUUUUGAUAGAUAUGAAGGGCUGGUGAUUGUUGGUUCAUGCUACUUUGUUGGUGGUAGUGAGGAUGAUGACAGCAACUUUCACAUGGAUUUCAUUGUGGCAGCAUCCAACCUCCGGGCCGAAAACUAUGGCAUUUCCCCUGCAGACCGGCAUAAGAGCAAACUGAUUGCAGGCAAGAUCAUCCCAGCCAUUGCAACCACCACAUCAGCUGUAGCUGGCCUUGUGUGUCUUGAGCUGUACAAGGUGGUUCAGGGCCACCAACAACUGGAGUCUUAUAAAAACAGUUUUAUCAACCUGGCUCUGCCUUUCUUUAGCUUGUCUGCACCUCUGGCUCCAGCAUAUCAACAGUACUAUGAUCAGAAGUGGACAUUGUGGGAUCGCUUUGAUGUGCAGGGACUACAACCUAGCGGUGAGGAGAUGACCCUCCAGCAGUUUCUAGACUACUUUAAGACCGAGCACAAGCUGGAAAUCACCAUGCUGUCCCAGGGUGUGUCCAUGCUUUAUUCCUUCUUUAUGCCGGCCACCAAGCUCAAGGAACGGUUGGAUCAGCCGAUGACAGAGAUCGUGAGCUGUGUGUCAAAGCGAAAACUGGGCCAUCACGUGAAGUCCCUUGUGUUUGAGCUGUGCUGCAACAGUGAGAGUGGAGAUGACGUCGAGGUUCCCUAUGUACGAUACAUCAUCCGCUGAUCUCUUACUGUCUCCAUUCUUUCAGUUCUGUCAGUAUAUAUCAAAACCUUUCUAGGUAUGAUAAAACCUUAGUUCAC